UUCAUGAAGCUGUUCUGAGACGUGUUGUCUUCCAGUUGCAGUCCCUCCUCAUGAUGGCAGCAUCUCUGCCAAUGAGUUAUCACGGUGCCAUCACCAGGACGGACUGUGAGGAUCUGCUGGGGAAGAAGAACAAGGACGGAGCUUACCUGAUCCGAGACAGCGAGACCAUCCAGGGAGCCAUGUGUCUGUGUGUUUAUAAACAGAGGGUGGUGUACACCUACAGAGUGCUGCAGUCACACACUGGACACUAUAUGCUUUUGACAUCAGGAGCUGUGCAAGAGACAUUCUUUAAGUCUUUGGACGAUCUGAUCCGGCACUAUAAAAAGAAAAAUCAGGGCCUGACCAUGCACCUGCGCCACUCUGUCAAAAGGAAGACGGCCAUGUUGAUCCAGGUGCAGAAACCUCGUGAAGCCUCUGGGUCCCAGAGGAUGCCUGAACCUGAAGAAGACCCCGAAUAUGAAAAUGCUCCUUCAUCUGAAUACGUCGAAGUCCUCCCUGAACAACGAUGACUUUGACAUUUAGUGUCAGGGAGGGAAAGACCUUGUGUCUGAACAGUGUGCUCUUCAGGAUGAGGAACACCUCCUGAAGAACAACGCUCUUCAUCGUAUUUGGAUCCUUCAUUCUGAAAUAUCUCAACUGGAGGGAUUAUCAAGAGAUUUGUUCCAGACGUUCAUGAUCCCAGAGGAUGCAUCUUGUUCCAUUAUCUGGGCUAAGACUUGUGUUGAGUGCUAGCAUGCUAACACGCUAAGCUAAGCAGACCUUAGCAUUAGCAUGUUGUCAACGUUCAUCGUUAGCAUCAGUGAUGGAAGAAGUACUCAGAUCUUCUACUUUAGCAAAUAUAGAAAUUCUAAAAGUAAAUAAAAAAUCAUACUCAGGUAAAAGUACAGACACAUUAUCAUCAGGACCAAAAGUAAAAGUACUCAUUAUGCAGAAUCAUAUAUUACUAAAUGAUAAUUAUUUAUGUAUUAAUGAGUUCAUCACCUUAAUGCUGCAGCUGGUAAAGGUGGAGCUCAUUUUAAUGACUUAAUAUACUGCUUAAUCUAUCAUAAUACAUCAUAAUUAACAAGUUGAUUUAUGUUUUACAAUAAUAAUCUGAAUAUUUUAAGUAAAAUAAAUCAUCAGAUUAAGUAAAAUAGUGGAUUAGAAUUAUAAAGUAGAUUAAAGUACCUUAAAAAUGAUACUUGAGUAACUUUCUACUCUUGGCUGGUUUAUGUUCUUGCAUUUCUGCUGCUGCGUCGUGGAAGUACAUGUGCAGCAUGUGGGAGUUAUUUCUGUUCAGCUAUGACGUUAUUAAUAAUAAUAAUAAUAAUAAGAUUUAUUUGUAUAGCACAAGAAGUGCAGCCCAAAGUGCUUCACAGUGAAAACAUAACAAUUAGACAGGAUAAGAGCAUUUACAGAACAAUAAUCACAGUGUUGAUGUACACGAGUCUGAAGCUCCGUUAUAAAGUGUGAAAAGAAUCUGAAACUGCAUUUAUCAUCAUUUAUUUAUGACACUUCAUAAAGGCUGGCUGCAUAUUGACUUCCAGUCAUCUGACAGUUUCAGUAUUACUUUACCCACAUGUAGUUUACCAGUAUCAACACCAAUGCACAGCAAAACCUCAGACUUUGUAAAUUGAGAAACCGCUUUGACCAAAAACAUGAUUAUUUGUGGGUCUUCAAAGUCAUGAUUAAUGUAAAAAACAUCAAACUCACAGCAUCGUCACAUUGUUUCAGCUCUCAAAUGUUUGCUUUCUGUCAGGUUUUACUUUAUUCUUUAUUGUUAUAUGACCAGAAUCAGAAGCCGUGCAGUUUUCUUCGUAUUUCUUUCUGCUUGUCAUCCAAUGAAAUGACAAAACCACCAAAAUCACCAAGCGUGAGAGCCUCUCUUAAUAUGUUCUGACUUCCUGUUUGUGGCUCUCAGCUCUAAGCCCAUUGGUUUCUACUGAAGACGUAAAUCUUGUGUAGGAAGAUAUCAGACGGAGUGGCUCAUUAGUUUUUAAUAGUUUUGAACAACAAUGGAGACUUUGAUACACAUAAUACUUGUUAGUAGAUACAUACGCUGUCAGAAAUGGUGGUUUGUUACUAUUUUCUACAUUGAGCUACAAAAUACAUUUAUCCUUAAAUGUUGAAUCUGCAGUGAGUUUAUAAAGAGACAGCAAAAGAGUUUAAUGUUGUGCAUUUAGUAGCAGUUCCUUCAAAGACCCUGAAAACCACUUUUCUUAAUCAGCACCUGAACGCAUCAUUUUCUGCCACAGUUGAAACCGUUUUGUUCACAGGAGAUAUCUAACCAUGCUCUUAAUGAAUAAUACAUUAAAAGCUUUAACUUUCUUAUGUUAUAAAGAAUUAAUAAGUUGAGACGAAGGGGCUUUGAACUUUCUGCUGGUAAAGAGUCUUUGCAUGCAUUUGUUUUUUGUGGAAUAUAUAUUAAUACUUGUAAAGCUAAGCGGUGCAUGAGAAUUGUAUGUGCUCAUCGUCUGGGCUUUUAUUUCAGUUAUUUGAUGCAGUAAGAAACAUUUCUAUCCCUACAGACUUCUAGAAUGGGGUGUCAGUGUAUUUGCUUCUUCCUCACUUCCUGUAAAUAUCCACAUGCUUUGUAAAUACGAAUCUGUAAAAUCUUCUUGACUUGUUAUUAUUUUAUGUGUUAUUAAAUUGUCUCUUGCAGACACGAGUAACCUGAAA